AUGUCCGCUUCGACUCCCGCACCGAAUAGCAGCAAUGCGAGCAGCUCGCGCAGAGUUCCGCUCGACAAGCGGAAACGUACCGAGACAAGCUGCGACAAGUGCAAGUCGCGCAAGCAAAAAUGCAGAAAAGAGCCGGGCCAGGACGCAUGUCGCUAUUGCAUUGUCCACAACAUUGAGUGCCUGACGACGCAGCCGCGCAAGAAGCGCCUGUAUGGCAGCGUCGAGGGUUUGGGCACCCGACUGGCCCUGCUUGAGUCGCUGGUCAAAGGGCUGCUGCCCGAAGCCGACGUGUCGAGCACAGAGUCUUUGCGACAGCUGGCGGUGACGCACGGCAUCCCUCUGCCAGAUGCGGCCGGGAGCGACGGUAACGGCGACAAUGACGAGAGCGGCGAGGGUGAAGGCGACGACACCGUGUCGCUCCUGCCCGACCAGCAAGGGCAGGUGCAGUACAUUGGUCCUGGGAGCUCUCUCUCCUUCCAUUUCAAGCUGCGCGCCCUGGUCGGCAGGAGCGCCCCGCACGAAUUCGUCCUGUUCGGCAAGAACGCAGCUGCCCAAGCAUCACCAACGGGAAGCGACGAUAGCCUCUCCAACUCCCAGUCCAACCCCACGUCCAUCCCGCGCGCCAACGCCUCCCGCAGCCACCAACGCCGCCCGACGCCCAGCGAGAGCCCCAACCACGAGCUGCUGAUACGUACCUUCUUCGACCACAUCCAGCCCGACUUCCCCGUCCUGCAUGAGCCCUCGUUCCGCGAGGCCUACGAUGCCUGGCUGGUCAAUCCCAAGCAGGCCGACCCCUCAUGGCUGUGCAGCUUCAUGUGCAUGUUGCUGCUCGCCCGCCGUGUCGCCCGCAUACCCCUCCAUGAAGACCAGGAGCAGUUCUGGUGGCAAAGGGUGCAGAAGCUCCUUCCGCUUGUCAUCUUCACCUCAAGCAUCACCGCCGUUCAGGCCCUUUUGCUCACGGCCCUCCACCUCCACAACACCAACCACCGAGAUGCAUGCUGGAACCUGACGGGCACCGCCGUCCGAAUAGCCCACGCAAUUGGCCUGCACCAAGAUAAAAUCAACGCUGGAUCGACCCCGCUCGGCCGUGAGGUGCGCAAGAUCUUAUGGUGGACCCUGUACGGCUUUGAAACCUUGCAGGUAUCCUCUUACGACCGCCCAAGUGCAAUCGAACAUCCAGGCCUCAGGAUCAGUUAUGCCAACGAACGGAUUAUCGGCGGUCCUCCUGACUUCAUUGCAUUCUCUACCCGCCUGUUUAUGUUACUGGGGUCCGCGUGCCGUGCGCCCAGAACUGUCAAAUUCAACGCCAGCGACGAGUCGUAUGUGGGCCCGUUGUCUCCCGCUGCAGGGGUACUGCGUGACCUGGUCCGAUGGAAGGAUACCCUACCCCAGCAUCUGCGUGUGGAAGCCGUCGACACCUCGGCGUCCGUCUUUCAGCGAGCGCUCAUGCUAAUGCAUGCCUCAUACCACUACACCAUCAUCGUCCUCUGUCGUUCAGCACUCCUCGCACGUGCCUCCAUCUUGACCAAAACUGGCCAAGAUUCCACAAACUCAGCCCUGACGUCAAUGGCAGAUGCCUGCUCCGAGUCUGGUCGCGAGCUGGCCCAAGUACUACUCAAAGUCGACGCCCUCGGUAAAUUUGACGCCGUUUUUUCCUCCGACACCUGGUACAUGCUCGCGUCUAGCUCGGCCCUGGUCCUUGAUCUUGUUUGCCUGAAUAAGUUAGGUGGUACCAAUAUGUCGGAGUCACGUAUCCUGCUAUCCCAGCUUGCCGACUUGGCGCAGCGGCACAGGCGUAAUCCCUACAUGCCCGGAACAAUCGAAAAGUUCGCCUCUCUCGUCCCCGAGUUACACUCCAUGGCCGACUCCUUGGCUUCCCCCGUCCGCUUCACAGAGCCCAAACUGGAAACCCACGACUCCGGGCCGCAGACCUCACUUCCACCACCCCAGCUAUCACAAGCAGAUACCGUACCGCACAUCUACCAUCAAUCACCCCCCGGAACAGGAGCAUACAUGUUUGCAGAUCAUAUACCAGGUCGCAUGUACCCAGAUCAACCGUACAUGGGAACAGCAACGACUAUGACUCCCAACACUCGUUUUGAUAGGGCGACACAAAUGCAAUUCAUGGACUUUACCAUUAACAACAUCAACGAUUGGAACUGGGGCGAUAUCGGGGGCUUACUGGGGUCGGAAGACGUUCCGACUAUGCAUGGGAAUCCUCAUGUGCAUGGGCCGCAGCCAACAGGCCCAAACUGA